AUGUCAAACUAUGGGCCUAUGGCUAAUCUCAAUUAGAAUGGCUCAUUUAAUCUUUACGAGGUUGGUGUAAGCGAUCCCAAUCAACUCAGGCCAAGAGAAUUCAAGUAUCACAAAUCAAAUGUCCCUCUUGACUUCUCUCAGACUACCUAUGACAAGCUUGCCAUGCUUACUUCUUAAUCAUCUGGGUUUGAAGGUGUUGUUAAAAAGAAGGGCAGCAACAAUGACUAUACAGGAUAUGUGCAGAAAAGAGAAACUAACUCCAGAGCAUUGUCAAUGACACCUUCGCAGAGAAAGUCAUUCGCACUAGCAGCUGCUAAUAACUUGGCCAACCCAGGGGCACGAGGCAGUGGGUUAGGAAUGCAGCAAUCAGUUGAUGCUUAGUUGAUGAAAACGUAUGAUGGCAGAAAGAAGAGACAGAGAUUCAAUGAAGACGUUGGUGAAACUAUUGCUUAAAAUGCGCAGUCUUAACAAACUGGAAAGAAACUUAAUGCCAAUUAACUGGGAAAACUAGGCGUCAGCAGAAGAGCAUCUAUUGAUGAUGUUGAAUCAAGACAAAGCAAGAAAUCUUAAUAUAAGUCAGUGACAAGUGCACAUCAAGGAAAGAGAGCUUAGGUAUUGGAUAUGAAGUCAGAGACUAGCUCCGCUUAUAGACAUAAGAUCAAGGGACUAGUUAGGUAAGAUUACCGAUAUUUAAUGAAGUUGAUUAGUUAAAUGGAUGACAAGUAACUAGAAAAGCUAGGUUAAGAGCUUGGAGCUUAAGUAAUUGAGGAGAACGAUGACGAGCACAGACUUGAGGAGCUUGACCAGGUAAAUGACCUCUCACCUACCAAAGAUCAAGUUAAUAACCCAGAAGACUACAGAAGCGACAUCAGCAGAUAGCAGUAUUUAGAAUUUAGAGAUUUUAAUUAUGAUUAUAGAUUGCAAGAGGACUAGGCAAGUGUGAUGGAUGGAAAGAGUGUGAGGUCUUACAAGUCUUCAAACUACUCAGCAAUUACCAAACUAGCUAAGCAGUUGGAAGAUGAGAAGCAGGAAAGAGAGAAGAUGAAGAAGGAGAUCGAGGAGUUGAAGAAGAUCAAUAAUGAUCUCUACAGAUCUCUAGCCAAGCCAGAGUCUAAGGCUGCAUCGCCAACCAAGAAGGGCAAAUAAUGA